AUGGUUUCAAGGUGCGCUUUAAAUGAGAUUGCUGCUGAGUUGGACCGCAUACAAUAUUGUGGCAAUGAUCCCUCUUCUUGUGGUUGUUCUAUCAGAUCGACGCACGGUCUUCCCUGUGCAUGUGAGUUGUCUAGCUAUGCUGUUUCCAGCAUCCCUCUGGAAUCGGUCCAUAUGUUUUGGAGGAGACUUCAUUUUUCCCAAGUUGGCGUGGACAAGUGGAUGGAUAUAACAGACAUGAGAUAUGUCAUUGCAUCUAGGUUAUGUGCUCUGGCCUUUGCUGUUCUGUGGUUAGUGGCAUCUCCACUGUACCAUGUGCAAGGCAAUGGUUGUGACUUUUCUCUGGGAAACUGGGUUGUUGAUGACUCCUACUACCCUCUCUAUGAUGCCUCAAGAGAUUGCCCCUUCAUAGGGCAGGGAUUCAAUUGCCUUAGAAAUGGUAGAACAGAUCAGGAAUACCUCAAGUAUAGAUGGAAACCCUCUGGUUGUGAUCUUCCAAGGUUUGACGGGGUGAAUUUCUUGGAGAGAUACAGAGGGAAAAAGAUAAUGUUUGUAGGGGACUCCAUAAGCAACAACAUGUGGCAAUCACUUACUUGUUUGCUUCACAUUGCUGUCCCAGAAUCAAGUUAUGCCUUAUCAACUCCCACAAAGUAUCUCUAUGUGUUCUCAUUCCCGGAAUAUGAUGCUUCAAUAAUGUGGUUGAAAAAUGGGUUCCUAGUGGAUGUGGUUCAUGACAAAGAAAACGGAAGGAUUGUGAAACUGGACUCCAUUAGAUCUGGGCGCAUGUGGAAUGGAGUUGAUGUAUUGAUUUUCAAUACCUACCAUUGGUGGACCCACUCAGGAGAGUCUAAAACAUUUGUUCAAUUUCAAGUAGGCAAUGAAAUAAUAAAAGACAUGAAUCCCAUGGAAGCUUACAAGAUUGGGUUAACAACUUGGUCUCAAUGGAUUGAUGCCAACAUUGAUCCCUCAAAUACUACAGUUUUGUUCCAAGGAAUUGCUGCAUCCCAUUCUGGGGGUAAAGGGUGUCUCAAACAACCACAACCAGGGCAAGGACCGCAGCCACCUUAUCCUGGUGUAGAAAUUGUGAAGGGCAUUUUGAGUAGUAUGUCAUGUCCUGUAUAUUUGCUUGACAUUACUUUGAUGACACAACUGAGAAUAGAUGGACACCCUUCUAUAUACACAGGCAAAGGCACCUCUUAUGUGGACUGCAGCCACUGGUGUCUAGCUGGUGCUCCUGAUACUUGGAAUGAAAUGUUGUAUGCUGCUUUGCUUGGACUUUAA